AUGGAAUUGAGAAAAUCCGUGUAUUUAGUAGGCUACUUGAGUUUUCAGAUUGUUGGCAACAAAUUGCCUUCAAGUUUACAAAUAUUGAAAACUCUUUUGUACAAUACUCAAUUGCUAAACCUAUCACUGCAUCAAAGUGCAACAAUUGUUAUUGACGAAGUUUGCAUUUUUUGGCAAAAAUCAGGAAUUAUGACAAGAAGAAAACAAAAAUGCAUUGAAAAAGUAGAGAAACUUUAUGAUAGUUAUGAUAAAUUACGAAAAAAUUCUAACCGUAAAUCAAUUGGCCAGCAAAACAAAGAACAAGAAUUCGUUUCGAAUUUCGAUAACUUAUUCGACAUCGCACAUACAGAUAUAAUAAAUAUGAUAUCUAAAGAAAAAAUGGAGUUCUUAAGUUGUCAACGAGAACCAGGUCGAAGAGGUCACAUAGGUGGCCUUGAAUGUAUUGAGUCUGUCGAUGCUACAACUCAAAUAGAUGAAUCAAUGAGUUAUUAGGAUUCCCAAAGCACAGGCACUUUCAGCCAACAAAGUGUUGAAACUGAUUCAAGUCACGAAUUAGCAAUGGU